AACGGACAGUUUGUUCUUAUCUUUGAUUCUGAUAAAGCUGGCAAGUCACGACGCCUUAAGCCAGAUAUCUUGAGACAAAAUGGUGGCUCUAUUGUUGUUAACAGUUUUGUCAGCUGUAUAUGCUGCUGAUAACGUUAAGAAGUGUCACGACGUCAAUCAACAAGCGUGUCAGAGGAUGUUUGCCAAGCAGCAUGAUAUGUGUGACGACCCAUGCAUAGCCAACAUUUGCAAGGACACGUGCCGCUAUUGUCCCGUGACUUGCUAUCAUUGUGAUGAGGAGGCUACACCGGAAGCCUGUACUAAAGAAAUUCAGUGCUUGACAACAAAUCAGCUAUGCAUUGCCGCUCAACGAUUCACAACCGGUUUUCAUUCUCUAUUUACUUCCGGUUGUGCAGAAAAAGAGCUUUGUCACAGUCUCUUUGGGUUCGAUUCCACUAAACGUGAAGUAGAGACGACCAUUAAUGAGAGAGCCUACCACUUACACGGUGGUUGCUGUGAUUCCAAUCUGUGCAACAUCCACGACCCAUCCAAUGUGUCAGCCACUGUGGAUCCCUCGAGUCGACCACCUAAACCAACUGGGACUAACCCGCUUCUUAGUAACACCACUCACCAGGUGAACAAGGUUUGUAAGGAUAAUGACCUUGACACCGAGGCCUGUCGUCUGCUGAACUCCACUGAUCCAACCAUUUGUCAGAACAACUGUAUCGCCACUACUCUCUGUCCUUCAUUCUGUGGAACAUGCCUCCACUGCAAGGAUUGUAAAUCUGUUUCUGAUACAAAUGAAUGUUCAAACCAAACAUUGUGCAAAACUGAGCAGCAAUGUGUUACAAUUGAACGACUCGAUGCAAACCUUCAACUGUCUAUUGUGCUCGGGUGUAUGGACACAAAAAUUUGUAACGCCUACUUCAGCUCCAGACAAGGUGGGGCAGGGGCGUUAGGUAAACGACAGUUUGGUGGCACAACUCUUAGAGGGAAGUGUUGUGACACUGAUAUGUGCAACGUGAAUGGUAUCCCUACCUAGCUUUGAUGUAAUCUCGAAUAUAUUUUGUUGGUUGUUUUGCAAAUAAAGGAGGAUUUAUGAGACAAUA